GUAGAGCGGGAAGGACGAGGCGCGUACGCCAGAAUGGCUCUUCUGCGGAUACGGAGCUUCACUGAAGCUAGAUGCAAUGGAAGCUACUGCAGUGUGCUGCGUACUAACCGGGCCGUUGUCGCGAGCUCUAUUUGCGGGCGUCAUGUGCUGCUCCGCCGCUCCGCCCUGGACUGGGCGCGAGUGGGCGUCGUCGAAGCCGCCCUAGCUCUCGAGCCAGGCGUUGAGGGAGCAGGGCAAUGAGUGGGCGCGAGGCCAGUGUUUCGCGACGCGGACGAGGGCGGACAGUGUGCGUGAGAGGAGACGAGAGAGAGAGGGACCUCGCAGCGAGAGAUGGGCGUAGGACGAGGUGUUGCGUUGCUCUCGGGGAC